GAUUCGAUUUCCACCAAAAGGCUUUGCUCAGUAGCUGUAUUACAGUAGGCAGGCAAUUUUUUAAGUGAACAAUAAUCAAAGGGAAGGAAACUCUCGUUUGAAUGGUCGGUCGGUCUGUCGUUUGCUCGCCAAAUCGUUUAGAGAUCUGAGCUUGUGCCGAAUUUUGGUUUCUUCUAAGAACUUUUGUAUAUUUAUCCAGGUAUGAUCGAUGGCUAUAGUCGAAGCUCCGGCCUCAGUGGCAGUGCCAUCUUGAACAGUACUUCAAUGCGUGAUGAGUCUUCGGGCAGUGAGGACAAUGUGGAAUCCCAAUCUGUGCAGUUCUAUUUGGGCAAUGCGCCCUCGUCCACCAUCAGUGCCAGUGCAGUCAGUACUCCGGCCAUGACCCAGCGUACGCCUUUGGCCACACCAGCUGUGCCCCUGGAUGGUUUGAAUCAUGUUGGCGCUGUCAAUAAUCAGUCGAACGUCAAUGCUAGCGCCGCAGCUGCAGACAGUGCCACCAUGAUACACGAUGCUAAUCGGCAUAGUCCCUCGGUAUCAUCGGAACGUUCAGAUCGUUCUUCUAUAGUUGUACCACCGCGUACCAAGAAAGCCAAUCAUAGCAAUCCCAAUUUAUCAUUGGCCCUAGUAACGACAACAGUAGCGACUGCAACGAGUCCGACUUCAUCAAUAUCUUCGCCGUCUCCACCAAGUGGUGUUGGACCUGUAGGUCGAGCACCUCUACCCCCUCCGCGUAAAUCGAACCAAAGCCCUCUGUUGAGAUCGCAAAGUUCGGACUUGAUGCCGGACUCAGUUCGCUACAACCUGCUGGCAAGGCCACAACAACAGGCACAACCAGCGGCAGCACAACAAAUACAGUCGCUCAUUAAAGGUGGACCCAAUAACAAUGGCUCAGCCCCAACAGCAUCCAAAGCCGGUGGUAAUAAAAGCAAACGCAUGGUAAAACAACACAGCACCGCAAGUCAACAGUCUACCUCGUCGACCUCGUCGUCAGUGCAAUCAGCUCCGGAACAUGGCAGCAGCAGCAAACAACAGUCACCCAGUCGUUUUUCAACAUCCUCUCUAGAACGACAGAUAUUGCCACAACAUCUGCAGCAGCACAACUUUAAACCACCUAAAACUGUGACUCCUAUGACUUUUCCCAGUCUGGAUAGGGACUUUUUGUCAUCGGUCUCCACUCUGCAAUCUGCCGGCAGCUUAAAAUCGGAAGAGUUAUUGUUGGCUUCACAGGCCUUGGACAAUAUAUCAAUGGUAUCGGAUUCGUAUCACAGUGAUACCCAGCUACAUACAGUGGACAAUAAUGGUUCUGACACUGCGGUCAGCGUCAAGAAGCGUAAGAAAGGUUUGCGUUUUGGCUUUGGUAGUAAAAAAUCUCAAUCGAGCUCAUCGGAUACAAGUAGUAGUAAAUCCAAAAAUACAUAGUUUUCAAGUGUGUUGGCGUGAAAGUAAUAUUCGUUCAUUUUUCUCAUCGCCGUAUAGUAAAGAAUUCAAUUAUUACAACAACAACAACAAACUCAAGUCUUAGGGCAACGCCAUGACCCUCUUCUGAAAAGCAAUACAAUAAAUGAAAUAAAUAAGUGACUGCAAGUAGUCUUCCAUUUUCCAAAGUGACAAACCAUAAAAGACAACCAAUGACGACGACUUGAGGGCAUAGAAGCCACUGUGCGGUGCAUGCAGCGCAUGUUCUUAAGAGUUUCUUAAUUGUAUUAACCCCCACCUUUAAAAGCGUAUGCAGAAAAAGUAUAAACUUUUAAUAUUUUCCCUUAAAGUUUCUUUAAAAAAAAACUACCGAAUGUAAACAGGCUAUUGUGAGAGUAACUUAUCUUCUCUAGCACUACGGCAACAAAAAUGUUACACUCACAGCCAUUGGCCGAGUUUAACCUAGAGAAAAUAUAUCAGGUAUUCAAUGAUGAAGUUAUCUUUAAUGAUUUUUUUGUUAAUUACGACUUUUUGUAAAAAAUUAAUAGAAUUGAGUGUAAUUUAGUGUUGCGUGGUGCUAUGGAGAAUUGCAAUGAAGUGGAGAUAAUUCACUUGGGUCAAUAACUGAAAGUAUAAAAAAUGUAUUUCCGUCCAACAUUGCUUUUUUACCUUUGUUUUCCAUAAUGUUUAUCGCACCGCAGAGGGUAGCAUAUACGUCUAUGAAGGAGGGAGAGUUAUCGCCAAUCCUUUUUGGCAUUCUUGAUACUUUCUCACUAGGUUAGGUUAGUCUACAGACCCGCUUAGACAAUUUUAAGUCUAUUGUGAUACCACAGUGGCGACUGACCAAAGCUUCUAGCGGAAACCGAACCCACGACCCCUGCAUUGGUAAUGCAAUCACACUACCUACUCGGCUACCGGGGCUCCUGACCGUCAGACAAGAUUGGCGAAGGUCAAUACCAAGAUACUCGUUCUCCUAGGAAACUUCUUCAAACGAUCGAUCCAAAAAGUUGAUCAAUCUUCCCCCCAUAUGCUUGUAUAAGGAUACAUCAAAAACUUUGUUCUGUCUUAAUCUAAUCAUUCAAUGGUCAAUUUACAGUCCUUUUUCAAAUCUUUUGUCGAAUGAUUCAUUAUGAAUUCGUCCUCUACUUCUUCCUACCCUUAGCUUUGUUCAUAUGAAAUGAGGGAAUGUUCUACUGAAUGAAACCAGCAAGAUUUUCUGCUUCCAAAUCUAUCAUCUAAAAAAGCAAUCAUGAAAAAAUGUCGCUAAAAGCGAAUACAGUACCACCCUUAAAACGAAACGGUUGUGCCUAGGCGCAUUCUUCCCCUAAUCUCGUGUGGAAGUCCUUCGCUUAUUGUUUGGUAGUAGCGUCAGCUGGUCGCUUUCAUUUUCGAUUCUAUGGUUUGAGCAUCCAAUCUGUGGGCCAGAUGACUGACUAAUUUUUUGUUUAUAGCGUCCCAUCUUAAAUUGUUUUAAUUCAGUUGGUUGUCAUUCUUGACAUAUUUUUCGUUAUAACGCUGAAUCUUAAAUUACGUCUGUUCGCGUACUUUUUCGGUAAAAUUUGCCGGUAAAAAAAGUUACAGGAGAGUAAGCACAACUUCACUCUUUUUUGCUGUUUGUUUGAAUUAAACAGCUGGUUUGCAUAAAACAGCUUUUCAACGCUGCAAACUUCUACUGCAAAAAAAAAUCCUCUAGAAAUUUGCAAAUUUGCUCUCUUUCAUGUAAUUCCCGCUCUCUUCUGCUGGUGAACAAGGUACUCAAACGACUUCUAGUAACAAUUUGUGCCAAUUUAAAAACAUUUUAGAGUACGCAAAUACACAUAUUGUCUGGCUUCAGCUACGGUCUUUAUUGUACCGAUGUGGUUUAGAUGUGAUGGCUUGCUUCAGAUGACCGACUUUCUCUUCUAAUUCAUAGCCUGAAAAAUGUUGGUUAUUUCAUGAGUUUUGCUCUUGAGCAAUAUUGGCUUUACUUUGAUGAAUAAAUAUCGUAUCAUAAAAUUUUUGUCGUUUUGGUCGUAAAAAUCUGGAAAUGGUUAGAUUUAUUUGGACCUCCUUCUUCUAGGGUCCAACAUUAUUUUUUGGUUUGCUUCAGCUAGCCAUCUUCCUUCGGCGAAGAGGGUAUGAAUUUCGUGCUCUACUCCCAAAUACCCCUUAGAUCGGUAUAUAUACCCUUAGAUCGGUAAAUAUGUAUAUCCAAUUUAGGGAUGUUUUCGUUAGGUGAUCCCCCAGACACUUGGCCCUGAAAAAAUAUGACCAUCAUGCUCUACCCUCAAUACCAUUUUUUAAACCCUAUUUUGCCAUUGUACCAGACACUUGGCCCCGAAAAAAAUAGUAACAUCACGCUCUACCCUCAAUACCAUUUUUUAAACCCUAUUUUGCCAUUGGACUAAGGGAAGUUUAUGGGAUGAGGUGUCUCCCAAACACUGGGCCCCAAAAUUGUUUUUGAAAUUCGUUUUCCAAUCUCAAAUACCUUUCAUUUGAACCGCAUAUUACUAUGGCCGGUAAUUUUUUUAAUAUUUGGAGGGUGUGUUUUGGUGGAAGGGGCGGUGCCUCAAAUACAUGGUUCCACUUUUGGAUAUCAGAUGUGUAUGUGUACCCCCAAAUCCCUUUAUUUGAGGCCCAUAUUGCGAUAGUCAGUAAAUAAUUGCUGUUUGUGGGUUGCUUUUGGGGAAAUGCUGGACACCCAGAAAAUUGGUCCCAAAAGUGGGUAUCAAUUUCGUGCUCUACACCCCAAUACCUUUCAUUUGAGCCCCACAUUGACAUGGUCGGUAAAUAUGUCCGAUGUUAUCAACUCCCAAAUAUCAUUUAUUUGAAUCCCAUAUUGGUCUUAACAUUUGCUAUAACAAAUACCUUUUAUUUAAACGCCUUAUUGCAAAAGUCAGCAAAUAUGUCGGGUUUGGGGUAUGGGCCUUAAAAAUUAUCAAUAUCAAGCUCCACUAUCUUUAAGACCCAAAUUGUCAUGGUGAGCAAAUACUUCCUAUUUACGGGUGGGACUUCGCUUAGCCAGUUGGUCCCGAAUAUUAAUAUCACAUUCGUAGUCUACUCCCAAUUACCUUUCAUUUGAGCCCCAUAUUUCCAUAGUCGACAAACAUGACCGUUUUGAGGCCUGUUUUGAAGGCGUCCACUCAGUGACUUGGCCCUGAAAAUAUGUAUCGGAUUCUUGUUCUACUCUAAAAUACCUCUUAUUUGAGGCCCAUUUUGCAAUGCUCAGUAAAUAUGUCCUGUUUGGGUGGUUUUAUGAGGGUGGGGUGGCCCAUAAACACUUUUUCCCGAAUAUUGAUAUCAGAUUCGUACUUUACUCCCAAAGACUUUUCAUUUGAGUCCCAUAUUGCUAUGGUCGUAAAUUUUUCCCCUUUGGGGGGUGUUUUUGGGGUUGGGGCGGCCCACCCUUCCCAACGACUUGGUCUAACAUUUGUAUAUCAGAUUCGUAUUCUACACUCAAAUACCUUUUAUGGGAGUCCCAUAUUGCCAUGAUCAGUAAAUAUGUCCUGUUUGGGGGGUGAUUUGGGCAAGGGGUGGACCCCCAGAAACUUGGUCCCACCUUUGAAUAUCAAAUUCGUAAUCUACUCGCAAAUACCAUUCAUUUGAGUCCCAUAUUGCCAUUGUCGGUAAAUAUGUCUGUUUUAGGGGUGUUUUGGGGGUUGGGGUGGUCCCCCAAACACUUGGUCCGACAAUUGGAUAUCAGAUACAUUUUCUACCCUUAAAGACCUUUCAUUUGAGUCACUUAUUGUCGUGAU